GUUUUUUUCCUCCCUUCUUUUCACAGAAAGCACUGAAAUCAGAUGUUGGUAAGCUGAUUCACUGAAGCGAUGGAUGUGUGUUGAUCUGUCGGUAUUUUGAGUCACUGAGCCUCAUUAACCGGACGGACUCUUUUACGCAUGUGAUUCACUAUGCCGCCUCGCAAGAAGGAGCACGGGAUUAAACGAGCGAGCGGAUCCCUGGUCCACUUCAGACCGUCCGUGAGCGCGUCCACCGUUCGCCGACACUCCGCCGUCGUUCCUUCGGUGCUGACGUUCGCCGUGAUCGUGGCAUCCGGAGGCCUGUUGCUCAUGAUAGAGAAGGGAAUGCUGAACAGCGUGCAGACUCCGCCGCCACGCGCCAGCGGGAAGAAAGUGGAAUACCGAGCGAGGAAUAGCGACGCAGCGGUGGACGUGGAGUCUCAGAUUGUACAAGAGAUUCGCAAUCGCACCAUAAGAUCGAUGUGUGGUCAGAAGAACAUGCCUCACAGUGUGUGGUCUCUCAGUCCCCUGCAGAGGAAGACUCUCCUCCAGCACAUACUUGUAAACGACAAGCAUCGCUUCCUGUACUGCUACAUCCCCAAAGUGGCCUGUUCCAACUGGAAGCGAGUGAUGAAGGUACUGAGUGGGGCUCUGGCCAAUGUAGACGUCAAAGUGAAGAUGGACCAUCGUGCUGAUUUAGUCUUUCUUUCUGACUUUCCGCCCGAAGAGAUUCGUCAUCGACUACGACAUUAUUUUAAAUUCAUGUUCGUGCGAGAGCCGAUGGCACGCUUGCUUUCAGCCUAUCGCAACAAGUUUGGUGAAAUUGAGGCUUAUCAGCGGAAAUACGGUGCAGAGAUCAUACGUCGCUAUAGAAAAGGCUACGCAAAGGAUAAAAUAGCAGGAAAUGACGUGACCUUCACAGAGUUUGUGCGUUAUUUGCUCGAUGAAGACCCGGAGCGGAUGAACGAACACUGGAUGCCCAUUUACAACCUGUGCCAACCCUGCGCCGUAGAAUAUGACUUCAUUGGCUCGUACGAAAGGCUGGAAAGUGACGCCACUUACAUUUUGGAACGUGUCGGAGCGCCGCAACAUGUGCGUUUCCCUGAACGCCAGACGUGGUACAAACCCGUCACCAAAGAAACGCUGCAUUAUUACCUAUGCACUGUGCCACAGAAGUUUCUCAAAGAGCUCCUGCCCAAGUAUAUUUUGGACUUCUCUCUGUUCGGCUAUCCUUUACCCAACACAACCACUGAAUACUGUAGACAUUAACAAAGGAAUCGGGUUUAUACCAGCUAUGUGAGAAUGUCUAUAAUCUUUGAAUAUGUUAAUAUUUUAAUACAUAUAUUUUAACCUGUACAGUAUUGAAAAUAUAUUUGAAUAUAAGCCUCAGUACAGUGUAUUUGAGAGCUAUUUAAGUUCAGACCACUAUUUAAAACUGGAAAUAUUCAAUCAGCUAUUUUUUAUUCAUGAGAUGCAGUAGGAUGUCCAUAUUAGUGGGGAUAAAAUGAAGAACAUUGUGCUGUGCACAAGACUAUCAUGACAGUUUUAUAUUAGUAAGCACAAGCUUUCACCAUUUUCAUGUCUUCGUAAUGUUAAAGUUACGAAUGUUCUUUUUUGGUUAUUUAGAUAAUCAUUACCUCUGCUGUCCUUUAUGAUUUUGCUCAUUAAUCCUUUUGUAAAUAGAAACAUGAAGCUCAAAUAGCAAGAAAAUUAGUCUUCAACUAGCUUUUGAAGUCGUGCCUAUCUGUAUCUAAUGAAUUGUGUUGAGUGUGUUGUUUCAUAUGACAAAAACAAAUAUCUCUGACCACAAACUAGAACCCUUUCCAUCUGCCACUUCCUCUGAAAAGAUGAGACCCUGAGUUGAAUCUCUUAAGAGAUAAUGAGGAAUGCAGUUUCACAUCCAAAAGCAGAAGUACUGUACAAUGAGAAAAAAAAAAAAAUUGAUACUUGCAAACUGGAUUUCAUCGGGUAAUGUUGGGUAAUAUUGGUCUGAGAAUAAUAUUAAUAUUAAAUAACUAAACUGUAACAA